CUAUUGUACAACCCUUGUUGGAGAAACAUUGUCUAAUUGCGGCGAGAUGGACGAGAAAAUUAAAUUUAACAUUCGCGGAACUAUGUUCGUUACACGGAAGUCAACGAUUGAAAACCUAGUACCAUCACGUUUAUCUAGACUGACAACCGAUUCCAAUGAGUAUGAGAAAAAUACUGAUGAAUAUUUCUAUGACCGGAAUCCUUCCUAUUUCAACUGGAUCUUAGAUAUUCAUAGUUCAGGGGAAAUACAUGUGCCAUCCUGGAUGUGCCCCACCCGUGCAUUACAAGAACUGGAAUUCUGGGAAAUAUCUUGCAAGGUUCAGUCGUGUUGUUGGAAGACACUUUACGAGAACGACAAUAGUAUACUCAAGAAUUUGAUGGCAAUGAACAGCGCUGAAGUAACGUCGAGUGGAAACAAGGUCUGGUCGGAGAAAAACUGUGGAAUUCAAAAGGAUAUUACAUCUGCAGUUGCCGUGCUCAGGGACGCUUACAACCACCCGUUCAGGUCAAGGGUUGGGAAGGUUUGCUUUGGCCUGGUACUGAUGCUGACGUUGACCUCUAUCUUUACGUACGCACUAAAUGCUCAGAGUAUAACAAGAGUUCGGCGGUCUGACGAAGAACUACGAGAUAUCUAUGAGAAUUUGAGAUUUAGCUAUUAUGAAGGGGAUUACCUGGACUCGGCUAAUGGAAUAAAUGGUGGCGAUGACACAAACCAAACCUAUAUAGAUAGAAUGUCACAAUUAGAUGACAAAGGCGACGUCAGCAGCCAUGGAGAAUGUGGCGAGAGGAGUAACUCGUUUUCUGUAAAAACAGAGAUGUAUGGAAUGUCAAGAAUGCACCCAGUUCUCUGGUAUAUUGAGGUUAUUGUGAACAGUUUGCUGCUAAUAGAGUUCAUUCUGAGAUUAUGUCUAUCGCCCAAGAAGUUUCGUUUUCUUACAAACCCUUUGAACGUGUGUGACAUACUUUCCAUUGUCGCAUUUAUCUUUGUAAUAUACUUUGAUGAAGAUCCUAGUUUCUUUACACAUAAAUACAGCAAGCCAAUAUUGAUGUUGCUAGGAAUCGUGUAUACCGCCCGAGUGCUGCGUAUAUUGAGACUAGCAUUUUACGUGGAUGAGAUGAAAAUUUUGGUGUUUAGUCUCAAGUCCAGUUUUAGAAUGUUAUCAUUCUUGUUUAUUUGUUUUAUGGUAUUUUCUGUUUUGUUCGGUUUUCUCAUGUACAGCUUCGAGUUAUUCAGUCAGGACACUUUUGAAAAUGUCUUUAUAUCUGUGUGGUGGGCGCUGGUUACCAUGUCAACGGUGGGGUAUGGAGACGAGUAUCCGAAAACCCCGCAAGGCUAUGUUCUCGGGUCUGUUACCACGAUGUUCGGUAUAGUACUGAUCGCCAUGCCCAUAGCUAUUCUAUCCACCAACUUCAAUGCAUACUACUGCUGUUACAAACUCAAAGUCAAGGCGUUAUCGUGCACAAUGAAGCCGUGGGACAAACAGCUGGAACACAAGGCAAACCGAAAUAUCAGCGAUACACGUUAGUCUCGGUACAACAUUCGAAAUAAUUUCCAUAACAUUGACAUAUGAUACCUUAAAAUUCGUAGUUUUCUACAGCGUUACUGAUGAGUAGAAACCGCAUAAUGUUUGUUGUACGAUCCUUGUGGCGUUUGUCAGUCAGGCUACCUGUAAGUUUAUACAGAUGUUACAUUUGAUUAGGGAUUGAAGUCCACUUUUGUCGAUUUAACGGGGUGAUGAACUGAGCUGGUCAUAAUAUAAAUCCAACAGUAACAGAU